CUUCAACAUCUGUGCUGUUUCUGCUUCUGAUCAUUUUAUAUUGACUUUUAUAGUCCAUAGGAGUUCCUGUUAGCAUGUGUGCGAUCUUCAUAAAAGCAGUUGAAAGGUUCAUUACACAUUAACCAUUGUGUGUUGGAAAACAACUAUAGAUACUGGUGAACUGUGUAGGGCUACUGUGCUGUUUAUGACCGCUGAUAAUAUAAUAAAAAACAGACUCUAAAGAGAGGAGGAGCAACAAGCUUCUCCAAGAAACUGGCAUUAAGCAGCCAAGUCCAAGUCAGUUCCUGCACUAUUUAGACGACAAAGAGCUUUGAAGAGUCGAGUUUUCCAGCUCUUUUUAAGGGAAGGAAAAUUAAGGGACACAGAGAAACGAAGAGCAAUUAUCUGAAGAUUUGUUUUACGAUAUCUCAAAAUGCUGCCCAAGGUUAUAUCAGCCAUAUGUUUGUCACUUUGGGUCAGUUCAUGUGUCGUCAGCUCAGCUGAGGACAUAUACAUGACCAGAGCUUUGAAACUGAUGUCUCGGACUCCUCUCAUUGACGGGUAAGUGAGAACCUCUGAAGUCCUCUGUAAAAGAUCCCUUCUGGAAGCAAUUUCAUCUUUGUGUCAGUGAGCCCAAACAAGCAGCUCCUCUGUCUGCAGUUAAACCACGGCUCAUUGUAACCUUUCAGACACAAUGACCUGCCUUGGCAACUUCGGAAGCAGUAUAACAACCAGCUCAGCAAAGUGGAUCUUCACACACUGAACACAACACACACCAAUAUCCCAAAGAUCAUGGAGGGGCGCCUGGGAGCACAGGUACAAACAGAACACGGUCAACUGGGAAAUUUCAGAGCAGUCAGUUUAUUUAGUAUGUGCAAGUCUCCAACUCCCCUACAGAUACUUUUAACCUCUUUUUUGCUUCAUGUUAUCAUCCUCAUUCUUUUGCCAGACCUGUCAAUUCGUCAAAAUAUAAAUUUCUGUUGGAACAACAACUGACAUAAGAGUGGCAGAGACUCUUUUGGGAGAAAGGCAUGAUUUGAACCUGAAAUAAUAUCCCAGUUUUAAUUUUAAUCCUCUCACCAGCUGCUGAAUAUGAGGCAUGAGAGAAAAUCGUCACGUAAAAUAUCAAGAUACCUGUGCUGAGAAUUAAAUUCAAUCUCUGUGCUGAGCAAAGUAAAGAUUGAAGGCAUGUUUGAAGAGUAGGAUUUUGCAUUCGCAGUCAGCAUGGUGUUCAUCUUAUAUGCAUUCAAAACAAGUUUUAAAUCAUAAAAGUUUUGUUGAACAGUAUUCAAAACAAACUAACUGGAAAAAGCUCGGCUUGGAGUCGAUGCAGAGACAUACACCUCAGUGUCAUCUGCAUAUAAAUGAAAGUUUUGAUAAAUAUCAGAGCAAACUGAGACUAGAAAAAGCUUGGUCUAGAGUAGAUACAGAGCAGUACAUCUCAGAAUCAUCUGCAUGUAAAUGAAAGUUUUGAUAAACUGAAUUUAUGUACGGAAUAAAAAGUAGCGGUCCCAACACUGACUCUCCUUUUUGUCACAGUAAGAGAGCUAGACAUGCAGCCUUCUACCUGCACACUCUGAACAAUGAUUAUUUUAUCAUGUGGAAUGUAUUGACUGUAAAUCUGUUUAACUUUCCUACACAUACAGCUGUUGUCAAUAUGUUCUGUGAAAGAGGAACCUUUAAGUCUUAUAAAUUACUUUCCCUUCCAUUUUGCUCUUAGUUCUGGUCAGCCUAUGUCCCCUGUGACACUCAGUACAAAGAUGCAGUCAGACAAACUCUGGAGCAGAUUGAUGUGGUUCACAGGAUGUGUCAAAAAUACCCAGAAACCUUCAUGUUUGCCACAACUAGUGCGGGUAAGACUUCAAGCACUGCAAGUAAUUUCAGAUUCAUUUAAAGUGUAGUGUAGACUUUACAUAGCUGUGCCUUUUCAUACUCAUUUCUACUAAAUAACUCUCCAUCUUUCAAAUCUGAACCUUACAGAAAUCAUGACGGCCUUCACUUUGAAGAAGACAGCCAGCCUGAUUGGGGUGGAGGGAGGUCACUCCAUCGACAGCAGUCAGGGCACCCUGCGCACCAUGUACCACCUGGGGGUCCGCUAUCUCACCCUUACACACUCCUGCAACACACCAUGGUAAGAGCUAGCCCACCACAGGUUUGUGCCGUUAAGUGGAAUGAGGCUUUUGAACUGGAGCUUUAAAUACCUGACAUGCGUCAUUUUCACAAAUACAUGACAAACACACUGGUGGUUUAUACGGGCUGCAUAAUCUGGUCUCUCCUUCUGCUCUGUAAAAGCCAUUAGUGUCUUGAUCCAAUACUUUACUCAUACUUUCAGCACCCACCAACCACUUACAGGCUCUGACAAGGGCUUUUUAAGAUAUUAGCCCAUGGCCCCUAUAUUUCUGUGUGUAAAAAAAACUGAGAUGUGAAACACAAUGAACGCUCUGCCUUUGUAAUAAACAAUUUAAUCAUUAACUUGGAUCAGUGAUGCCAAGAUCACACAAGGGCAUGCAACUAUGAACAUGCAAAGGAGGCGAUGUGUCCCUGUUAGGAGUUAUGAGGUCCUAAUUUAUGGGAAAUGGAAACAAAAAAAAAACACCUCUGGUAAAAAGUCCUGCAUUGUUGCCGUGCCUUUCACUUCCAUAUGAAAAUGUAUCCAAAGAUUCAAACAAGCAGUUCUCUAACCAGAUAAAGGCUGUGGCUGCUCUCUCAUUAGCGCCUUCAUUAAUGUAUGACUGCAUCGACAACCACAUGUUGGCUGAUUUGGAGUGUGUUGAGGAAAGUACGGGGGAUUCCUGCAGAUUUUUAUUACACUCCAGCCAGCUGGAUCAGAUUCUACUGAAAACAAUGCAACUUUAUUAAGUUUCAGCGACGGGAACUGGAACCAUAACUGGUUUAUUCAGUUUUAAUAAAGGAAGGCAAUAGAGAACACGUCUCAACAACAACUCUUAAACUGUCUGUAUUCAAUUUUGCACAAAAACUUGAAACCCCUGAGAAUAAAAUGUGCAGAUGUGUUUUAUGGCUUUACUUUGGGGAUUCAAAGUUUGUGUUUGUUUUCUCAUUAGGGCGGAUAACUGGCUUGUCGACACUGGGUCAGAGCCAUCUGAACAUGACGGUCUGUCUCCUUUUGGAAAGGUCAGUGUACAACUGUUGUAGAUCAGGUUAGGCAACAAGUUUUUGUCUUGAAAACUUUGUGUGCCGGUUUACUCCCAAAGUUUUUUAUUCCAGUUUAGUUUAUUACAUGUUGGACCAGGUUCAAGAGAAGUAAAACAGAUGCGUGCAGUAAAAAUGUCCCCUCCUCCUGAAAUAAAACGCCCAAUUCUAGAUAAUAAAUGUCUAACGUAUUUAAUCUUCAACUCUGUAGAUAUGUGUCCAUAAAAGGCAAUCAGGUGUCUUUUUUAUUGUCUGGGCACAUUUACUAAAAAACACUGUUAAAACUUUACAGUCAAAUAAUGUGACAUAAUGUGCAAACCUGCUCUCUUAGGUCACAUUUUUUACGACAAAAGAAAGAAAAAUAUCAACAGAAAUAGGAAAAAUGAUUAGAGAUGAUAUAAAAUUAUCACGUACUUGUGCACAACAGCAACUGAUUCAGGAAAUGAACCGUAUGGGGAUGCUGAUCGACCUGGCUCAUGUGACCGUCAAAGUCAUGAACCAGGUGCUGGACAUGUCCAUAGCCCCUGUCAUCUUCAGCCACUCCUCUGCCUACAGCAUCUGUCCGCACAAGAGAAACGUCCCUGAUGAUGUUCUGAGGAGAGUGGUAAGUAUAUGAAGAGAAUCGGUUAUCUAGAGCACUCAGUAAUAUUAUUACGUAACUAACUGCACUCAGACAAGGGGAGGUUGGGGUGAAGUAUCUUACCCAGGGAUGCUUCAACGUGUGGAUGGCAGGAACUGAGAUAGGACCCCUGAACUUCCUAGUUAGAUAGAGAUGAUCCAAAAGUUUGAGUACUCAUCAGCCAAGUGCAUUUAUUAUAACAAGAGAGCUCAUUUCAAGGUUCAAGGUUCAAGGUUAUUUUACUUGUACUCGUAGGAGAUUUGGCUUACGGUAAAUGAGUAAGCCUCCUGUUACACAAGCAACCAACUCAGGGUAAGAUAUGAUAAACAAAGUGAAGACAGUGCUCAACUGUAAAAGAGUUAUCUUAGUGAAAACAAAAGAUAGUAAUUAAAACAAGGUACAAUAAAAGCGGAGAGAAAUUAAAUGAACCAAUCGAUCGAUAAAAUACACAGUAAAUAAAAAUAAGUUCAAAUGUGCCGAGAGUAAAAAUAAAAUCAAAUGAAACAAGAUAUAAAGAUCCAUUUAUAGUUUCAGCCUUCUGAACUAUUUUAGAUUUGAUUCAGACAGUUCCUGUUUUGUAAGGACAAGUUCCCAAACGGUGACACCAAUAAAACAGACUCGAUAGAGACGGGUCAAAAAGUGGCGCUUUGGGUUUUGUGAUGUGAAAAGAAACCGUUUUCUCAGUUUUUGUCAAAGUAGUUUCUUGUCAGUCAUUGAUCUGAGAUAUUUGUACAUUUAAUUACACCUCACUUUUUUUAUCCUGUAUGAUUUCAGAAGACAAUAAUCAUGUCGUUGGUUUAGGAGAUGUUGAUCAGGAGAAAAGUCAAAUAGAUUCAUAAGUUACCAUGAUAUUAAUGCAGUUGAAACCUGCAUCAUGGGUGUCAGAUUAUAUAGAUUUUCAGUGCUAAGAAAUAAACUUGAUUUCCCUGUCAGAGAUCCAAGGGUAAAAAAACAAGACCAUUUAGAUUUCAACAGCUGAGAUGCUAAUUAAAUUCUGUUGGAAAUUAGUGCUCAAGCUUUCCUGUAAACUCACAAAAUCAUUUAAAUCCGUCAAAGAGAUUUUCAUGAGUGGACCUAGAAAAAGGUCAAAUCAGCUCCGAUACAACUUCAUCUCAAACCUGUGGUAAUUUUAGGAGAAACAUUCAAAUACUUGGACCUAUUUGUUUAAUUUUUAGCUAUAUUGAUGUGAACUAUGUGCUAACAAAAGGUUGAUAAACUGCAAUUUUAAUCUGAAACGUGUCAAAAACAAGUUUUUAAAAAUCUGAAAAUAAACAACAUUAAGAGUAAACUAAACAAAUUCACUCUACAAUUAGAAAAAUGUAAAGUGCACAGAAGCACAUCAUUGAAUCAACUGUUUCAGUAUUUCCGAGCUAUUUCCCUACCUCUGUUUUUAUAUCUGAGUAUGAAAAAAGCACAAAGUACAGCUGUAGACAGCCUGGCAGCAGUCAAAUGACCGUCAGUCAUAACAUCAUGACACACCAUAAAACGGUCUUUAUGUCACUAAAGGACUGAAGAGGUUAUUCAACAGCUCAUGUCUACUUCACCUACGUAAUACCUCACUGACAGGCAAUAAAACAGCAAAGAAGAAGAGAGGCUCCAUAAAACAACAAACUGAUAAAAAGCGGCUCAGUUAAAACCAGGAGACAGUAAAUGUGACAGAUAAGGACUGAAAGGUCAAUACCCUCUUGUACUCGAGUCAAAGUGAGUUUGAGCGCAUCUCUUGGCCCUGUUCCCUGUUCUACACGUUCAGUCCCUGUAGACACACUCCUGACUGACAAAGCAGAAAUGACAGAGUGUAAACUUACUGACCCAGAAACGCAGAUCUAUAGGGAGGAACUCUAACAUCCUGUCUGUCUCUGCAGAACCAGACAGAGGGAAUCGUCAUGAUCAACUUCUACAACGACUAUGUGACCUGCAGCAAGACGGCUAAACUCUCAGAUGUUGCUGGUAAACGCCUGAUAUGACCAUAAGAGCUACUCCAAAAUUGUUCAUUAUUGAUUAAUUAAUUAUUAAUCAUUCCGUCUGUGUUCAUCCUCUUUACUCACACGGUUUCUGCUUUCAUCUCAGAUCACUUUGACCAUAUUAAGAAAGUAGGCGGGGCAGGCAUUAUUGGUUUUGGUGGAGAUUAUGAUGGAGUCACAAGGUAAAUCCAAACAUUCAAACCAUGAAAUAAUCAAAGACAAAUAUACAGAUCUAAAUCAAGAGGUUUAGCAAAUAAUCGGAUGUCCUCCUCUCAGACUUCCUGAGGGUCUCAAGGACGUGUCCAAGGUGCCCAGGCUGGUGGCUGAACUGCUGAGGAGAAACUGGACGGAUGAAGAGGUGAACGCUGCCCUGGGAAAAAACCUGCUCCGUGUCUUUCAACGUGUAGAGAAGGUGAGGAAAAACACACUCACACACAACACGCAUGAACUUGAGUGCAACAACAUGCACAUCUUUCUCCUAUAUUGUUUUCAAAUAUAUCCAUGAUUAUACAGACUUUUAGCUCCUGUAAGGACUUUUUAGCUGGUUAUGAAACAGGCUGAAGUUAACUCUGAUAUCUCUGAGUGGUCUAUUAAAGCAACUAGAUUGAUUAUUUCUUUAUCGACCUUUUAAGCCUGAAACUAUCAUCACAAGGUCGGCAUUAGAUGAAGUGUCAUCAAACUGCAGAAAGAGCAUGUAGUUUCAAUCUUUGACCAUAGCAAAGAUCCUCAAUAAUAAUGAUAAAAGACUAUGAAUAGAGUGAUUGAAUCUGCUCUAAUCCAACUGGUUCUAUUCAAGAAUCUGAAAAUAAAUUAUAUUAAAAGUAAAAGCACAUCAUUGAAUCAACUGUUUUAGUAUUUUCGAGCUAUUUCCCUAUCAUCGUUUUUAUAUCUGAGUAUGAAAAAAGCACAAAGUGGUUCUAUUCAUAAAGGAGUGCUUUAGUAACAGGUGAAGCCUGCGAGUGAAGAGACACCUGUCAUUGUCUAUGUCUGCCGCUUGACAGUCGUGUCUCUGUGUGUCAGGUGCGAGACGAUCUGAGAAAAACUCAGCCGGAUGAUGUCCCUAUCCCGUACGAGGAGGUGGAGAACACAUGUAGAACGAGCCAUGGGUACCAAGACUCAGGAGCUGUCCGUCCACUCAGCACCGUGGCCCUCCUGCUGACUCUGGCUCUCCAGCUUAUAACCACGUUAACAUCUUAG